AUGGACAAAGGAUCGUUACCGUUUGUCGUUGACACGGCGCCUUCAAACACCCCCGAUAAAAUUGUAGCGCCCUCCAUAGAGGAAGUGGAUAGUAAUCCCAGCGAAUUGAGAGCAUUAAGAGGCCAAGGUAGAUAUUUUGGAGUGGACGAUGACGACGAAGAUGCUAUCAAGGAAGCAGCUCCAAAGUGUAAUAACUGUUCCCAAAGAGGCCAUUUGAAAAGGGACUGUCCUYAUAUAAUAUGCACCUAUUGCGGGUCGAUGGAUGAUCACUAUUCUCAACACUGUCCCAAGGCGAUCAAGUGCUCGCAAUGUGACGAAGUAGGCCAUUACAGGUCUCAGUGUCCGCACAAAUGGAAAAAAGUCCAGUGUUCUCUUUGUAAGAGUAAAAAACACUUAAAGGAAAGAUGUCCCAGUAUAUGGAGAGCAUAUAUCUUAAUAGAUGACAAUCAAAUGGGGAAACACAAAGUGCUUCCGUUUCAUACCAUAUAUUGCUAUAAUUGUGGCGAAAAGGGUCACUUCGGUGACGAUUGCGAGGAAAGGAGGUCGUCAAGAGUGCCUAACGAGGAUGGGAGCGCAUUCACUGGUUCCAACCUAUCGACCGAUCUAAAACAAGAAUACUACCAGCAUAUAAAUAGAAAUUUAAAGAAUAACGAAAACUACCAAUUCAGUGGGUCUAUAUACGAUGAAGAGCCUCUACCGAAACCUUCUCACAAAAGACAUUCACAGAACGAUCAUUCUCACGGUAACAGAAACAAGCGUAGAGUAUCGAAUUUCCACCCUCCUCCUUACCAAAAACGCAAUGUCAUUCAGCCCACCAUAAGAGGUGAGACCCUUUCAAUUAAUAACAAUAGUAGUAACCAUUCACGGUACCAAAAUCAAAACGUAAAUGUCUCCUCGAUAUCUGAAAAUAUGUACGGUUCCAGAUAUAACUCUUCCGCUUAUGUUAAUAACAAUGACAUUCCCAACUCUUCCAAUUAUAAGAACUAUAAUUCUUACCAACCGUAUAGAAGCGGGACUUUAGGAAGAAGGAGAUAA